AUGAAUGAGAUGAAGAACAAGAACACCAAGACAGACAAUCAAGCCUGGAGAAGAAAGCCUCGCAGGUUCGCUCCAAAGUCAAGACUAGGCUGUAAGACUUGCAAGAUAAGACGAGUUAAAUGCGAUCUAUCUCGGCCUUCAUGCUUGAAAUGCCGGUCUACCGGUCGCACCUGCGAUGGCUAUGGUGAAAUGCCCCUCGCAUUCAAGACCGAGAAGACCGAGAUUGAAUCAACUCAUUAUCACACGGAGAUCGCCGAACGAGGAGAUAGCUACGACAGUCACUACCCAUGUACCAAGAUCAGUGCCUACGAGUCAAAUGGCGCCAUUUUGCAGAAUCUGGGAUCCUUUAUGAUCUUACCCAUGACUGGGUCAACCCAGGCAGAGGCAAUGUGCUUUUUCAUUGAUGUUUCGAUCAAGGAUCUGAAUGAAUACCGCCCUUGCGAACGAUGGCGGAACACUCUCAUGUUCUUCUCCCAAACAGUGUCAUCAGUGCGACAUGCUGCCAUUGCUCUGGCUUUAAUUCACCGAAGCCACCUGGAUCCUCAUUCUAACGGUCGGGCGUAUCAAUCGCCGUCCUUGAAAGACCCGCUACCGGAUAGGACUCCUUUGCUUCACUAUAACCGCGCCAUUCAACUUCUGCUGAGCCCGGAAAGUGGUGACAGCGCCGAAAAAACAGCUUUCACGCUUUUGGUCUGCUAUCUCUUUACCUGCUUUGAUCAUCUGGUGGGCGACGACGUACAAGCAAUGAAACACUUGCGCGGAGGUGUGGAGCUCUCAUGUGACGUCGACAACGCUGCAUUGAACAAAUCCUCGAGUGUUAACGCGAUUAUCUGCCAGGUCACAGAACAGAUUCGCCGUCUUGAUAUGCAGGCCGUCAUGUUUCUAGUUGACUGGACUCCAGCCAACAUCCAAGAGAUAUCUAUGUCCCGUCUUUCACUCUUCGACAGUACCUUUUGGUCACUCGACCAAGCUGCUGACCACCUUCAGAUUCUCGUCGCUCAGGUAAUGAGGCUGCGCAACACAGAGCAACAAUUGUCCCCGACGGGUACGAUGCCGCCAUUACCUUCUUCACUCAAGGACAUUGUUCUCGGGCAGUUAGAAACGUGGUCGAGUCUCUUCGAAAACCUCCUUCAACAAGGCCAAGGCAGACCCUCUGGGUCAGACUUUGAAACCGACCCUCUCGUCCCACUCCUGCGCUUACAACACACUAUCGCAUGGAUUCUCCUCAUUGGUUACGGACCCGUUAAAGAAAUGGACUAUGACAACUUCCUUCCCCAAUUCCAGCAAUGCGUCGUAUUGGCGGGCGAGGUAGCGGCGGCACAUCAGCGGUAUUCCGGGGGGUCGUCAAGGUCGACGUUUACGCCCGAGAUCGGAUUCAUCCCCGUUCUUUACAUAAUUGGCGCCAAGUGUCGGCAUUCUGCUGUUCGUCGUCGGGUCGUGGGUAUUUUGCGACGGCAGUCAAUACGAGAGGCGGCUUGGGAUAGCAUAUCUACUGCUAGGCUGGUUGAGCGGAUUAUCGAAAUUGAAGAGGGUGCUGCUGAGGAUGGGCAAACGGUACAGUGCAUGGAGCAAGUUCCCUCAUGGCAGAGAAUCGAGGCAUUGUCGUUUAUACAUAUCCCAAGGGCGCAGUCGGCGACCAGGUUGGAUAUUACGUAUACAUUCUGCGGUCAGGAGGGAAUGCACAAUGAGUCGAUCAUGAUCAAACAGACAGAGUCUUAUCAUGUUGGACAAUUGAUAGCAGACAGCAGGCCGUGA